AUCAGACGUGCGCUUUUCCCGACCCCAACAACCGCCUUCCCCUCCCACAUUUUCCAAAUCCCCAACUCGUCCCUCCUUCUCUAUUUUUUUAUUCUGCAAACUGAUAUCGCCACCUAACGUUUUAGUGUUUCAUCCCUUUGAUUUAAAUUUUGUCUUUACUGAUUAGCGUUGUUUUACUAAAGAAUAUGGGUGGCUGUAUCAAUCAUCACUAAUUUAAUUAAAGCCACGAAUAUCUUCGUAGAUAUUUUCUCUGUCCCUCUCUCUCUCUCUCCUCCAAAUAUCUUCGCCGGUUUUUUUCAGGCAUCUCUCUCUGUGUCUCUGAAACCCAACAUUAGUUAGCGUUAGGGUUAGUGGUCAAAGUCUUUGUAACCAGAAGCCCAUAGAAUCUCGCGAAUUCGCUCUCCACUACUUUUUUAGCACCUGUAGAUAUAAUUAGGGUUAGGGUUCGUCUGUACUCUUGAACCUCUGUAAUUAGAAAACCUAGUAUCUCCCAACUUUGUUCUCUGUAAAUCCUAGCGCCCACAUUUGAGAAUCUGAGAAACAGAGAACCGAAGGAUACGGUUUGGGGGCCAUGUGCUCAGGUGAUGGACACCUAACCCAGUUUAUUUUUUAUUCUGAAACUCCUUCCAGACCAGAGAUGAUCGAAAUUAGAAAUAUGGUUUAGGGCACACCUGUUCCUAUUCCCUGUGUGAUCGAAAUAACAAAAUGAUAGGUUGAUUUGUGAUGGAUCAGAAUUGGGUUUCGUAAUGUUAGGUCGUGAUUUAACCCCCAUCUAAUCACCUGAGCUCAAUUCAAGCCUCUGAAACUCUUUUCUUCUAACAAACGUAAUUGGGGUUGGGUCCUUCUCCCUGGUAGUUGAAAAGCUCAAAACCCUGGCUCAAUUCAAAAUUCGAAUUUGAUUUCAAAUCGUGUGAGAAAUAAGAUUUGCCAGGUUUUCUCCCCGUAGAAUAAGCUCAAACCCUUUCAAUUCAUUCUGAUCAGAAUUGAGGGGCUUAAAACUCUAGCUUCGAUUCAAACUUGAUCAGUUAAAUUAAGCUUUCUGGGAUUUCAGCCAUGGGGGAGGAAGAGCAAAGCAUAGACUACCAACCUUCAUCAGAAGAAGACCAUGUAAUGGAGUGGGAGUUGGGGUUGCCCAGAGCUGAAGACUUGACUCCAUUAUCUCAGGUCCUCAUCCCUCCUGAGCUUGCAUCAGCUUUCAGCAUAAGCCCCGAGGCAUGUCGGAGCAUGCUUGAUGUGAACCGUGCAUCACAAAACACAGUUUCCACACUCAGGCGCCAGGCGCUCCCUACCAAUCUCAAAUCCCUCCCCUCUUUCUCUCUCCAACAAGAACACGAGCCCACCGAGCCAGCGACUGAAUCAAGGGCCCGCAAGUUCUCGGACCGUGAGGCUACUGAUGAGAUAAUGGACUCGAGCAGACCUGAUCCAGUUGAUGAGCAAUCGGCUCGAACCCUAAAGCGCCCAAGGCUGGUUUGGACUCCACAACUUCAUAAACGCUUUGUUGAUGUUGUAGCUCAUUUGGGUAUCAAGAAUGCGGUGCCAAAAACCAUCAUGCAGCUUAUGAAUGUAGAGGGGUUAACAAGAGAGAAUGUUGCCAGCCACCUUCAAAAAUACAGGCUUUACCUCAAGAGAAUGCAGGGUCUUUCAAGUGAGGGGCCUUCUUCAUCAGAUCAUCUGUUUGCUUCGACCCCUGUUCCUCAUAGCCUUGCUAGAGAGGAGCCUCAAGGGCUCAUGCCUAUCCCGAUGCCAUACAUGAUACCCAUGCCAAUGGCUGGGCAUCAUGCCCAUGGACAUAUGGGGCAUGGCCAUGGGCACAUGGCGAUGACAAAUGGUAAUAUGGGAUAUCAUGGGUAUGGUGCAUUUGGGCCUCAGAACAAGUUUGAUUCGAUAGUCGGGUAUCCCCAUGUGUCCAAGCAAUAAAUGAAGGCAAGUUGAAGAAAUGGGCUAUUUUGCUAACUGGGUUUCACUGAGAAGAUGAGGCUUCUUGGUGUAAUUAGAAUUAUGGUUGGGAUUGUAGCGGCAUGUAAUCGCUCAUGAGAAAGGAGGAUGUGGGCCAUCUGACUCCAAUCUCUGGUCACCUAUCUCUUCCAGCAAGCUACAAUGCCUUUGAUAAAGGUGUGAAUUCAAUGCACUCCGAAUAUGCCCAUUUGUAUCACAAGAACAGUCUACAUCUGGUUCAGCAGCUAUGCAAGGUCUAUCUGGGGUUCAUAACUCAUCUCACGGUUUUGUUUCUCUUAUCAGUCUCCCCCAAGGAGCACAAUUCCUGUUUCUCAUCAUGUAAUGAGGUCUCCUAGACCCUGCUUUCCAUCUGAGGAUGAAAACUUAACACUUAGAUAAGACAAUUCAAUGGUGUUCUACCAGGUAUAACUGACUCCACAGAUCUGGCAAAUGCGUUCACAGGAAUAAACUUGUUGAGGACAGAGUGAUAGACCAAACCAAACACUUGCAAUCACAGCUCCAAAAUGAAAUCCAGGAGAAAUUUCUCUUUGAUUAACCUAGGCAUUUCCCAAUUGGGUAUGUAAACCAUCAUGUAGUGAUCUGUGUAGAAGCAAUGGAGCUAGAUUUAAUUUAAAUAAGAUUUGACUAACUUCUGAUGCUGAUCUGCCUAAACAAACUACUUCCUCCAAUAAUUCAUAUUUGAAAGCAGCCUCCGCAUGAGUUGUUUCUCGUUCAUGAGAUUUGGCUAUUUCUAUCUGAAUAUGGAAGCUUCAAAUGCAGCAUUUGCAAUUUAUGGUUUGAGUGGUUUUCUGAGAACCUCUUAAUGAUGAGCAACCAUCUUGGUUCCAAUAAUAUGUCCCCUCCUUGAUAACAUUGCUGCAGCUGCCUCUUUGACAGGUAUUUAAUUGGACUCUUUUGGCAAUUGUUGCUGGUUUGAAUUCAGAAUCAUUUUUGAGGGAAUAAUGAUUUGCCAGACGGACUUAGGACUGGGAUCCAAGCAGUCAUUGGUCUUCAGGCACUAGUCAUUAACACACUGUAUGUAUCGCAUGGAAAUAACCAAGCAGUUAAUGGUCUUCCAUCAAUUAUUCCCAAGAUUUGGCGGUGUAUUUUAUUUUCUCUUUGUUCUUUUUAAACUUCCAGAAAAAAAAAAAUUGUCCUCUUGAGUAGUGCAGAUCAGUGUGGGGGUUGGUCCAUUCAACAAAAAACUUGAAACAACCACAACUGGAGAAAAAUACGGUUUUCCAAGAAAUUAUUCCUCAAGCUCUGCCAUCAAUGACAGAUGUGUUUGGGAAUUAUGUGAUCCAGAAGGAUACUACAGAGCAGAGUAGAGAACUGGCCAACCAGCUAACUAGGCAUGUCUCGGCCCUGCAUCUUCAAAUGUGUGGUUAAGGAGUGAGUCAAACAGCAUUUAAUCUUUUAAAGAAGUAAUUGAGUUUAUGAAAUAUUCAUUUUAGCGUUUGAAGUUAAGGAUGUUCUGUUACCCUGGUAAGUUCUUGGAAACUUAACCCUUUGCCUCAAAAUUAUUAGAGAUAAAAAUCAGUAUGUUCAAUUUUUGAGUUUAUGAAGUGAAUCAGUGAUAGUAUAUAUUUGAUUUGCUUAUAAUUGUAAUUAUCCAAAAAGAAAAAUUAUCAUGAUUGUACCCAUUCAAAUUUUUCAUACGUAUUUCAAAGAUAAGAGUAGUAGAGAUAUGGAGGGUCUGACCUUUUCAAUAGAUUAAAGAGAUACAUGUAUUUGGAUACAUUA